AUGCGCGUCGUUUCGGCCCUCGUCGGGCUGGUCGCCCUCCCGGCCGCCUCUGCCCAGCAGAUGAUGCGCUUCUCGUGCUCCCAGCUCGUCGUCGAGCGUCUCGACCCGCUCGUCAACCCGGGCGACCUGGCAUCGCCGCACAUGCACCAGAUUGGCGGCGGCAACUCCUUCAACGCGUCCAUGGACCCGGCCACCCACGACCCCGUGCGCGACUCGACGUGCACCAGCUGCACCUUUUCCGAGGACUUUUCCAACUACUGGACCGCCAACCUCUACUUCCGCGCCCGCAACGGCACCUUCAAGCGCGUUCCGCAGAUGGCCAACCAGGGCCUGCGCGCCGACGGCGGCCUCACCGUCUACUACAUCCCGCCCUACGACGGCCACACCAACGUCACCGCCUUCAAGCCGGGCUUCCGCAUGCUGGUCGGCGACGCCGCCCUGCGCUCGCCGCGCGGCCAGCAGCGCCAGAUCUGCCACCGCUGCUUCUCGACCAUCGAGCAGGUCCCCUUUGGCGGCGCCCCCUGCACCGGCGACGACACCCAGGCCCUGCCGUCGGGCUUCUGCCCGGGCGGCAUCCGCACCACCAUCACUUUCCCGACCUGCUGGGACGGCGUCCACACCGACGCGCCCGACCACAAGAGCCACGUCGCCUACCCGGCCACCGGCACCUUCGAGUCCACCGGCGACUGCCCGGCCAGCCACCCCGUGCGCCUACCGCAGCUCAUGUACGAAGUCAUGUGGGACACCCGCGAGUUCAACGACGCCGCGCUCUGGCCCGCCGACGGCAGCCAGCCCUUUGUCUACAGCACGGGCGACCGCAAGGGCUACUCCCAGCACGGCGACUACGUCUUUGGCUGGAAGGGCGACGCCCUGCAGCGCGCCCUCGACCACCGCUGCGGCAACGACGUCUGCAGUGUCCUGGCGAGCCAGACGAGCGAGCAGGCCAUGCAGUGCACAAAGAAGCAGACCGCCGUCGAUGCCGUUGAUGGCUGGCUGGAGAAGCUGCCGGGCAGCGUGCAUGUUGCUUAG